AUGCCAGCGUCUGUAGUGGAUAGAGAUUCGAUGCUAUUGGGUGUGGAGAUACUCUCGGAGCUAAAUGCACCGAAAAGCGAUCGGUUGGCUGCGGUAGCCUGCCAAGUUGCUGGCCAGAAGGCACCAGUGACCGGCAAGAAGCGCGCGCUGGACGAAAUGCAGAGUGAUGGUCGCGCGACAGCAAGGAGAUCUGUAGAAGACACGCCAGAUCGCACAGCCAUCGAGAGGGAGAAACAGCGACGAGAAAAGUCCGAUUGCAGACACGUUGACGCGGGUCUUCCGCCGAUGGUUCCCACGAAGGUUCUGCCAAAGCCGCCAAUGGCAGGAAAAGAAAACGCAACUAAAGGACAAAACGAAAAGAAUAGAUAUGCUAAGGUGGUGAAAGUGACAGGAGGAGAUCGACGUAGAGACUCGUCGAGGCCUCAAAAUGCAACGAAAAAGACGAAGUUGGGGAAGCAUAAAACUUCAAAGAAAGCUGCUAAUAAACCCGAAGAAGAGCGGAGGAGAAAACGCAAGGCGAAAGACGCGAGUGCAUCUGCCGGCAUCUCUCAGUCGUCAGCGAAGAUGUUGUUCCAGUGUUCGUGCCAGUUGCUGAGCACGCAGGCGCUGGAGUACGACGUGCGCGCACGAGAGAUGGAGGAACGCAAUGCGACGCAGGCGAAGGAGAUUGAAGAGUGGGAAAGGAAGAUCCGCAGUCUGAAACGAGAGCUGGAGGAGUAUGCGGACGAGUUGCCAUCGGGGAAACCGACAGGCAGGGCUCUGGUCGAGGCGGGUCCUGCGUCAUUCAGGGCAACCGGGGAGCAGUUGGACCCGCUGUCAGCCAUGGCGACUGCUGCAACUCUCGGAGCAGCAGCCGCAGCCGAGUCCUCGCUACCCCCUGCAGUCAUCGCCGCAGAAGCCAGGCUACAAGAAGAGCUGCGCAAGCGGGCACAGAAGAUGAACGAGUUUUGCAGAAGUGUACCGGGCUUUCUCGAGUCGUUGGACAAGCACGCCCCGUUCUGA